AUGUCGUUGCAACAGACCCCUCAGCCGCGGGUGUUCGUGGAGCUGCUUCCCUGGGCUGACCGAGGCCGGGAGAACUACCUGCUCUCGGGUGGAGAGACGCUGCCCGGCCGCCGCCGCCCUCUCUCCUCAGCGCCGGCCCAAACUCCCUCCCGCGAGGUGCAUGUCAGCGGCACCGCCGAGGUGUCUGCGAGCCCGGACCGGGCGCAGGUGGUCGUGCGGGUGAGCAGCACCAAGGAGGCGGCGGCCGAGGCCAAGAAGAGCGUUUGCCGCCGCCUGGACUACAUCACACAGAGCCUCCGGCAGCAGGGCGUGCAGUCAGAAAAUGUAACUGUGACAAAGGAUUUUAAAAGGCUAGAAAAUGCUUAUCACAUGGAAGCAGAGGUCUGCAUUACAUUUACUGAAUUCGGAAAAAUGCAAAAUAUCUGUAACUUUCUUGUUGAAAAGCUAGAUAGCUCUGUUGUCAUCAGCCAACCCCAGUUCUAUCAUAUGCCAGGUUCUAUUGAUAACCUUCGACGACAAGCCUGUCUUGCUGCUGUAGAAAACGCAUGGCGCAAAGCUCAAGAAGUCUGUAACCUUGUUGGCCAAACUCUAGGAAAACCUUUAAUAAUCAAAGAAGAAGAAAUGAAAGAAUGGGAAGGCCAAAUAGAUGAUCCCCAGUCAUCCAGACUUUCAAAUUCAUUAACCGUACAACAAAAAAUCAAAAGUGCAACAAUGCAUGCUGCUUCCAAAGUAUUUAUAACUUUUGAAGUAAAGGGGAGAGAGAAGAAAAAAAAACACAUCUGA